AUGCACGACCCGACGAAGAGGGCGCCGAGCCCACGGGCCCGUUGGUCUCUGGCCGGCGGGCGGCCGUACUCGCGGCACGGAGACAGGCAACCCGAAAACAUACUCUGGUUCAGGGAUGGCAAGUCCAGCGAGGAGGCGGACAACCACGUGUCGGGCGAGCUCGCGCUGGCGGGGUUUGGGCUGCUAGUGCGGCACCAGCGCGAAAAUAACCAUGUCAACGGCCUGAACGAUUACGUGUCGCCAGAUGAUUGGAAGGAGAUCCGGAAGGACACCGACAUGUGCACCCCGAACUCGACCAGACUGAAGGGUGAUCACAACCUAAAUCGCGGAAUGCGUGUGCAAUACGUGAAAGGUAUCAAAUUACACGUGUCAUGUCACGUGACCCCAGAUUGCACUCUCCAUGGCGCAAUCAGGCAUCACAGACCCAUUUGUUGGUUGUCGAUACAGACACCAGGAUGACCUCGGAGGGCCUGGUCGGUGAGUUGGAAAAGCUCGACGAAAAGUGCACAUCACCAGCCCUGGACGAGGUAUUGCUGCGCCCCACUGGCCCUGAUCAGGGAAAACACACGGAUAGUCACGAUGAGGUGGUGGUUAUUUAUUGAGACAAAUGCUGCCAGGAAAGCAGUACCUGCAAACCCUGGGGUUGAUAGUAAAUAUUGACAUGCCGUUGGUGCAGUGACAGCUACCUUAGUUCCAGUCCUAGGUUCUCGACCGGAUCCGAAUAGUACUAGGUAGGUAGAUUCGUGAGAAAAUAUUGGGUUUUUAUUCUCAGUAGAAAACCUAAACUAGUUGUUGUAAAUUUGAACAACAUUGUAUCAUAGGCCCUUUAUUCGCUCGACAUGGCUGUGAUCUUGCCC